GCAUACUUGUCUGAUGAACAGGUGAAAGAGGCGGUAGAGAUAAUGGAGCGCGUGGUGGCAGUAGAAGAUGAGGUGUUAGCGGCACAUCACCCAGACAGACAGUCUUCACAGCAUGUUCUUGCAGUGGCAUACCCACAAGACGGACAGAUGCAGAAGGCGAUAAAGCUGCUAGAGCGUGUGGUCGAAGCGCAGGAGAUGCUGGAGCCAGAGAAUCUCUUACGACUGGUGUCGCAGCACGAGCUCGCAAUAACGUACAAAGCAGACGGGCAGGCAAAGAAGGCGAUCGAACUGCUCGAACAUGUGGUUGCUGUCAAAACUGACUCUCUUCGAGAUGACCAUCCUUCGCGGCUGGUGUCA